GAGAGGGGAACGGAGAGAUCACAUAGAAGUGGAGUCAGAAGGCAAGGCAAGGAAAGAUAACCUUUUGUUGGCAUGGAUAUCACUAUGAUCAGGAUACUACUGAGGAUCACAGUCUUCUUUGUGGGUAUCGUUUCAGCUAUCCUUGACAUAAUAUAUUCCCACUGGCCUUCACUAAUGUUCAGGAUUAUGUUAUGGUACAAACAUCAGAAAAUGGGUGUGCAGAUGAAAUACGUUGAGCAUGAGGGCUACAGGUUCUGUUACUUCUGCCGAGGAAAGCCAGGAUCCCGGCCAUCCGUGCUGAUGCUUCAUGGGUUCCCGUUCAACAAAGACAUGUGGUUAAAUGCAAUCCAACUCUUUCCAAAGGACCUUCACCUGAUCUGCCUUGACAUGCCUGGUCAUGGAGAAACCACUCGCCUGCUGACAGAAAAUUACAAAGCCAUUAAUCAAGCUAAAAAGAUACAUCAGUUUGUCGAGUGUACUGGUCUGAACCAAAAGCCUUUCCACCUGGUUGGCAUGUCCAUGGGCGGAAUGGUUGCUGGCAUUUAUGCUGCCCAGUAUCCAUCAGAGAUCUCUGGCUUGUCCCUCCUUUGCCCAGUUGGCCUACGGUAUCCAACAGAUAAUGAAUUCAUCAAAUAUGUGAAGGAGCUCCAGAAAUCUACCAACUCGUACAGCAAUCCUCUUCUUUUCACUGCAAAACAGGGAGAAGAUUUUCUUAAAUUUGGAUUAUACUAUCCAAGCAAAAGAAAUAUGCAGGUCCUGAAAGGAUAUCUUGAAGAUAAGAGACCACAUAAGUAUUUUUUCUUAAAAUGUUUUUUAGACAUGACCAGUGUGGAGUCCAGGUACAGUUUCCAUGACAACUUGAGCAAGAUCAGGGCUCCAACACAAGUCAUCUGGGGAAGGGAUGACAAGGUGAUGGAUCCUUCUGGAGCAGAAAUUGUAGCCAAAGCCAUUCCUGUCUGCCAAGUGCACACAUUGGAGAAAUGUGGACACUUCAUUACUCUUGAUAGGCCCAGGAAACUGUCAAAGCUUCUUCUGGAAUUCUACAGUUCAAUAUUUGGCACAACAUAGAAUAAGAAGGUGGCAUAAACCUCGCUAAGGAGCAGCUGGUUGGGAAGAUUCAAAGCAACGCUUUACCACAAAAAGAACAAUAUGGAAAUAGCAUUAUGGAUGUCUGUGAUGGUUUCUGUCAUUUUUUACAAGAGGCCAUUUUUGGAAUAUGGGCUAAUCAUGGGCAUAGAGAGAACUGAGGGCUUUAAUGCCUCAAUUUGUACACUGUAACUGUUGGCGUGUGCGUGUAUAGAUCAUACAAGGAAGAAUCCAAGAGUCGCAUAGAACAGUAAAUAAGCCAGGCCAGGCAAGUUCUUGUAAGAGUCUUUACUAGGCAAAGACAUUAGACACAGUUCUCUUCACAGACAGUUUUUCCCCCACACUGCGUUUUUCCAAGCAUCCCACCUUAUCAGGCUUCCCAGCCAGCUACUGACCUUGGCAAACUGGCGCUCUGUUCUUCCAGCUUAACCCUUCUGCUUCAGGUUUCACUCUCUCUGCUAAAAACCCUGUCUGUGAGUCUCACAGCAUGCUUCACUGACCAACAGCCCCCACCUGAGACUCACAGAUUACAAAACUUCAUUG